AUGCCCGCCGAUUUCGAUAAACAGAGCUACUGGGGCGAACGGUUCGCCUCCGAGACCAACUUUGAGUGGCUCACACCGUCCGUGACCCUGAUGUCGAUCGCGGAUCCCUACCUCGCCAAUCUGAACAAUUCGGCGCGCAUCCUGCAGCUGGGAUUCGGAACGAGCGACCUGCAGAACCAUAUCCGGCAACGAGGCUUCACAAAUAUCACCAAUGUCGAUUUCGAGCCGCUGGCGGUCGAACGCGGCCGGGUGCUGGAAAAGCAAGUAUUCGGUGAUGUCAAGAUGCGCUACAUCGUAGCGGACGUGACUCAACUCCACCUGGCUGACAAGUUUGACCUGAUUAUCGACAAGAGUACGGUGGAUGCGGUAUCUUGCGGCGGCGUGCAAGCAUUUUUGAGAAUGGCCGACGGCGUGAGGCGGCAUCUGACCGACGAUGGCUUUUGGAUUUCGCUGAGUUAUUCGUUCUGUCGGUUCGACGUCGAGAACCUACCAUUCGAAGUUGAGGUGAUUGCAAAGAUCCCAACGCCUAAGCUGAAGCCCCAUGACCCGGAUGUUUACCACUGGUGCUACCUGUUAAGGCCGAGGGGAUGGCAAUAA